AUGCUGACCAAGCAGCUACUCGUGUUCUCGUACACGUUUGUAGCCUUCCAUACCCUUGCUCUCCACUUCUGUCCCUCGCUUUACUCGGCGCUUCGCUUCGGGCCACACCUUUAUGCCGACCCCCUCCUUCAGCAACCCCAUCCCGACUCCCUCUUUGGGUUUUUCUUCUUUUUCAUGAACACGUCUAUUCAAGUCUUUGUGAAACGAGGUGUCAGCGCAGCUCUGGUCCACGCGGGCCUUCUUCACCUGGCGAGGUUGGCGAUUAAGUGGUCACUCGACGCAUCUAAGGGUCUCAUGUACUACCGACUGGUCUUUUUCGCCUUUAUCGGGUUCCUUCUCGAUGCGUGGGGAGCUUGGACGAAGGUACGCUUGAUACGUCAAUUUCUCAAGCCUCGGGACUUGGUUAUUCCAGGGCUGAUCCUCACAGUCGCCAUGAGUUACGCCGCUAUUAACCUCCAAGGCUUCCCUGCAUGCAAUGCAAAGGACAAGCACUGGGUUGACUUUCGCACAGAGGAGUUGGCAGGAAAUGUGAACACGAAUACGCACGACAAAGUCAAUACUCCUCCUCUUCUUUAUUCAGUGUACGUUCCUAUGCGGGACGGAAUCGAACUUGCAGCAGAUGUCUAUCUCCCGAAGCCCUAUUACGAGGCAGCGGAAAAACUUGCAGCCGGCCACCACAGAAUUGACUUGUUGGAGAAAGCGCUGAGAAAAACAAAGGAGCGGCUCGAGGCUCUUAACUCUCAAGAGGCACAGAGUGGCGAAAAAGGAGAGGCGCCUCUCUUUUCAGAUCGAAUAAUCGGACGGGAGCCAAAAAAGACUAUAUUCAAACGAUACCAGGAAAUCAGGAAUCUAGUGCAUUUCCAGGCCCAUGUUGAAAAGCGGAUAAAGGAGGAGCGAGAAGCACACGACACUGUUCUCGCCUCCGUGCAGAAACUCCCCACCUAUCUCGACAUCACCAGAUACAACCGAAGAACGGAGGUCUACUGGCCUCUAUCGAUGCUACGCAUGUGGAAAAACCCGAGAGGCGCCACAGUGAACUUGUGGAGUUUUCCAGCUCAGCAGGCAUUCACUGCCAACGGGUACGCUGUAGUCGUCGUCGAUUCAAGAGGAACAGGAGCUUCGUUUGGUGAGCGUUACGUGGAUCUGAGUGAAGUGGAGAUCCAGGACCUGUCUGAAAUUGUGGCGUGGGUAAAGGCGCAGUGGUUUUCCAACGGGAAAAUUGGAGGAGGCGGGAUUUCCUACGACGGCAUGACAGGCCUAAGCACCGCAGCCGCGGGAGGCGUCGACGCGGUCCUCUCGCUGUUCACUCCGAUGCAUGUUUUCGGAGACUUGCUGGUCCCCGGAGGUUUUAUUUGUUCGUCUUUCCUCAAAGACUACGCAGGCAUGACUUACGGCUUCGAGCGAGCGGGUACCCCUCUCUCUCAUAUGCUGAACAACCCGUGGAAAUACCCUCUCCAUGUCCUCCUUGGCUUUUCAAUCGCUUUUGGCCCCAGCAGUGCGGUGUUUGGUCGAGAGGGGGACUUAGCACGCGCAAUCGCGGGCCAUAGAAAAAACUGGGACAUGGGACACACUGUGAAGAUGGUCGAGUACUACGACGAUGUGGUGACGCUCCACAACAACGAAACCGCGAGCGCCGCUGAGUUCGGAAUCCACGAAGCAGUUAUGAGGAAACUUGCAGAAAGAAAUGUCAGUGUGUACGCCGUUGGUGGCUACUGUGAUUCGGCCAGUGUGCGGGGCGCGUCGCGGUUGUACGAUUACAUGAAGCGAAAUGCUCCGGAAUCAAAGUCAAAAUUGCUUCUUGGCAGCUGGAGUCACGGCGGACGGAGGUCGUGCAGCCCCUACGCAGGCAGCUUUCCUUGUUUCGAGGUUGACCAAUAUCUCGACGCCGUCCGUUUCUUCGAUUGCCAUCUCAAAGGAGAGUGCUGGGGGGGCAUCGAAGAUGAGCCGUCAGUCCACUACUGGCAGGUCGGUGCCGAGGAGUGGCGUACAUCGGAGUAUUAUCCACCGGCACGACAAAUGCGAUACGUCGACUUUCACUUGAGCAACGAAAAGUUUGUGAAUCUGAAUACCCUUGAAUGCAAGAGAACGACACCUGAUCCGUCCGCUCUGGUCCUCGGCCAUCCCGCGAACGUCUGUCUCUCUCCUCACCUGUCUCUCUCCUUCGGCGGCGACGGAGCCCCCAAAUGUCCCCUCCCCACAUCGCCGUUCACCGUGCGCGUUCCUCGGCCUCAAGAGGUCCGCAGGAAAAACAGGACGAAAAAGCAUGCAGAUAAAGAAUCCAGGAAAAGGAAGGAACAAAGUGCUCCCCAGCCCAGAAAUGUACUCCCGAUACAAGAACCACACCCGUCCUCCUCCCCUUUGGCUUCUUCGGGUCCUGCCACGUCCUCCACCGCUUCGUCUACUUCCUCUGCGUCUCCUCGGUUUCCAGAAGAGGCACGAACAGUCAUGGUAGGGGCGUCUUCGCCCUUUAGUUUGCCUGUGCUUCUGCCGGUGACUUUCGACUUGCGACUGUCUACCUUUGAGCACCGCCUCCACGACAUCGUCCAGAGCAUUACGCUGUACGGGCACCAGCUGCAGACCCACGUCGAGUUGCUGCUGCGCCAGGCCAGGGAGCACCCGGGCUUCCCUGGAGACGAGCGGAGAAGCGAGAGCCAACCGCUGACGAUAUCCAACAUCCUUGGCGUCGCGAUCGCUGCGCUCGAGGAAGGUUGGGGGGAGAGCGACGGCUCCACUCCCCUGGGUUCUGCUCCGCGCAUGCCUGCUGCGCCGGGGCAGCCUUCAGGGCUGCAAGAGCGCAGCCGCCUGGACAAGAAGCCGAUCGUCGGGCGACUCAAAGACUCGUUCGCGAUUCUCGAAGCUGACCCCAAUGCUUACAUCAUGAGCCUCGACGCUCAACGAACUCUGGAAGAUACACGCUCGCCCGAGGCAUACGUUCGUCCCUCCCUCGCCAGAGAAAUCCCCAUGAGCGCCGGCGACGAGACGCAGACCCUUGGCAUGAAGAAGCCACGCCUGACACUGGCCAAGCGGCUUUUGCUCAAAAAGUUUCCGUCCAAACUAUCACCUCGUCUGCAUUACGACGUGGAGUAUUUCUCGACGACCGGCGUGUUCAGUCGGUGGGUAAUUGCACAACACCCCUUUCGGCAAGCGGUUCACUACGGGAAUCGUCUUUUUGCUCGGCGAACACGACCGGACUUUCCCAUCAAUUUGUCGCCUCUCUCGGGCGCUGAGAGCGAGUCAUUUCACCCGUCGCCUUUUUACCUCGACUCUGUGCACGCUCGGCUCCUCUCCUGGACUUCUGGAGUCCUCUUGGAAGACAUCGAUGUCGUCGGCAGUGCGUGGAUUCACCUCCAAAUGUUCGUGAAGAGUUGCACAGACAUCGCCGUCUUCGUCUACCUUGAGGCCGUGGAUGUCAACGGCGGCUUCGCACACUACGUGACGGAAGGGAAAAUUGUCGUCUCGCAUCGACCAGUCACAGUAAAAGAGGAGUCACCGAUCGGCUCCCCUGAUACUGUCUUCCGGUCGUUCACCAAGUCUUCCAGAAUCCCUCUCAACUCCUCCGGAGAACUGAUAGAGUUAACCAUGCCUCUGGAGCCAGUCAGUUGGACGUUCAAGAAAGGACAGGCAAUCCGCCUUUCCCUUGGCGGAAGCGACGUCGACAACUUCCAGCCUGCUGUCCAAAAUCGAAUGAUUCUUCCUCGGCAGUGGACCGUAAUCACCGCCAACGCCAAGCUGCGGCUACCUGUCCACCACCCUGCGGCGGCUAGUAGGCAUGGCGAUACUCUCUAA